UACGUUCGAGCUAAGAUUCGGUGGAAAUGAGGUCAGCAGAGUAAACGUGGUGUUUUUCUUCCAGGUAAAUAUUCAUGCUUCGACGCGAUCAAAAUAAAUAGCCUACAUCGCGUUCUAAAGUACAGUGAUGUUCCGAAACUACAUUUUUUUUGUCUAGCUGAGAUUACUUGGCAGGUGCAAUGACUUAAUGCACCAGCCUUGGUAAAUUGUUUAAGCUCUAUUUGGAUUUCCAUACCUGGAUGGAUAUAAUUACGCAUGCAACACAUGAGUCUUUCGCGUAUGUUUCUGAAAUCUUUCUGGUCGUUCCUUUCCCCUGAGACAGUAGUGUUGCUGCGAUAUUCUAAAAGGAGGGGCUUACGCGCGCGCCUUGCUCCCGAAAACAGGAAUCACCGGGGUGGGGUGUGACCCGUAGCACUGAGUCGGCAUGGAGCAGGACGAGUGCCCCGCGGAGGGAAACCCAGUGACCUCUCAGGCGAGGUCGUCAGCAGAAGAUGAGGGCACGGCGACACGGAGGAAGAGGAGGAAGAAGAAGGAGCAAAUGGAAUCUAUCAUCGUGUACCGCUCGGAGGCAGAGGACCAGGAUGAGGAUGGAGCAGAGACUGGCCUAGGGGAAGAGGGCAAUGUCACUAGCGACAUUGCUGAGGAAGACACCUGGAGCAUGCCCCCAGACAGCCGCUACGUCACCCUGACGGGCACCAUCACCCGAGGCAAGCGGAAGGGUCAGAUGGUGGACAUCCACGUGAGCCUGACCGACAAGGAGCUCCGCGAGAUGGCGCGCUCCAAGGAGCGCCUGGACGCUGAGUGCGAGGAGGCGGCUGCGGUGGCGGCCGCCGGAGGCUGGGGGCGGCGGCCCUGCGCGGUGGGCCCCGGUCAGGGCCCUCACGUGGUGCUGUGGAGCCUGUCCUGCCUGCCCGUGGUCUUCCUCCUCUCCUUCAUCAUCUCGUUCUACUACGGCACGCUCACCUGGUAUAACGUGUUCCUGGUGUACAACGAGGAGCGGACAUUUCUCCACAAGGUCACCCUGUGCCCGGUGCUCAUCCUGGCCUACCCGCCUCUAAUCGUGGUGCUGUCCCUGUGCAUGGGGCUGUACGCCGCCAUGGCGCAGCUCUCCUGGGUGUUUGCAGAGUGGUGGCUGGCCGUAAGGGACCUGGAGAAGGGCUUCUGUGGAUGGGCCUGUGGCAAGCUGGGCCUGGAGGAUUGUGCCCCCUACAGUGUGGUGGAGCUACUCGACUCGGACACUCUAUCCGGAAAUCUGCAGUUGAAGAGGGUAGAUGAGGCUGAUCAGGUGUCCUCUGUCUGAUCUUGUGAUCAAGCUCAAAGUUUUGUGUGUGCUGGUGUGAAUGAGAAGGCCAUACAAGCAUCGCUAUCCAGGUGCUAUCCAAAGGCAUGAAGAGACACUGCUGUGGACGGGCUGGAAGAAAACCUGGGCCUUGAGGACUGUGUCCCUUAUAAACCACUGAAGUUCGCCUACAAAAAAAGCUGCCAUCUUUGAAAUCCGGUAUCUAGUGAUUUUUCCUAUGGGAAAAUAACAUGGGGAUUUUGUAUUAUCGCACCUGUUAAACUCUUGCGGGGAUGAAAAAAUCUUAAAUGCAGAUGUUUUUGCUCUGGGGUAGCAAAAAUCAAAGUCUGCUGCCUUCAUGUACCGGCCUUCACUGUCAUCCCCGCGAGAGUUUAACAGAUGUGAUCAUUCCAAAUCCCCAUGUUAUUUUCUCAUUGUAAAAAUAUCAAGAUAUCUCCUUAUAUGGGCAAAGAUGGUAGCUUUUUUGUUGGCGAACUUCAGAAAUGGGGUAGAAAUGUGUGACUCAGAAACUGGGAAAUCAUAUGUUGUCUGAUCAUGUGAUCGAGGCUUUCUGGAGAGAGACUGUGUGAUCGAGGCUUUCUGGAGACUGUGUGUGUGUGUGUGUGUGUGUGUGUGUGUGUGUGUGUGUGUGUGUGUGUGUGUGUGUGUGUGUGUCUCAGUUUAAAGUUAGACACUAAUUGCUACAUUUGAUCUCAAUCACAUCACACAUGCAACAGACCUUGUAAAUGUUAAAUCUGAACUUGAAACCAUCACAGGCUUUUGAAAGGACCUUACAGAGAGCCACAGAAAUGCCUCACUUUUAGAGACAAGGCUUUGGUCAGCGUGCAUUCACAUCUCACUGUACCAUGGACAUAGGUGGUUGUCCUACAAUACCUGUCCGUAAUGUGUCUACUGUCUUUACUGCAUGGUUAUAUUUCACUUACACCCUCACAAAAUAACAAACAAAGGAAAUCCAUCGGUGUUCUUUACUUUGAAUUAGGACACUUUCCUCAGGCUAAAUUCCUGAAGUUGCAUUGACUUUGCCGCAGCCAUCAGAAAAGGAAAGAAGUCCCUGGUGCAGUGUAGGACUACAGUUUUAAGUGCAAAUGUAAGUGGUCUUAAGUUAGGAAGUUAAACGUAUCACAUAUUUCUGUCUUCUACACAGCUCACAAGUGUGACCUCAAUUAUACUUAGUGCUUUUUUAAAUUGAUUUUUUUCUAUUGCAAAUAGUUAGUGAUUCAAAAUGAAAGGAAGCACCUCAUUGCUGUAAUUGUAGCUUGUAAUAUCUGACAAAGCCUUUCAAGCUUUUUGUGUUGUGUAAUGAAAGGGGAUGAAGAACAGAUGAAAAACAAAUAAUAUGAGCAGAAUGGAAAUGAGAUGAAUUAAUGUCAUGAUGACUUACAAACUUGUUUGGAUAAUAAUGUGGGGUUGGUUAAUUGACAGCACAUGAGUCACACUGCACUUUCAACAGACGUGAAAAAAAUAAAAUGAAUAUGAUAAAUGAUAUCUUGG